AUGUCAAAUCCACCUGAUUUUAAUGAAAAAUCUGAUAAAAUAAUUGAUAAAGAAAAAAAUUUCUGUGAUUGUGAUAAAAAAUUUGGAAUUGUGCAAAAAAUAGUUUACAAUACAGAUUCUAAUUUGGUAAAAAUUCCUUUCUCAUCAGUGUGUGUCAAAUGCGGUUUAUGUUUAAUUAUUGCUGAUAAGAUUAACGAAACACUUACUCAUGUGCAUGAUACGAUGUCACCCCAUGUCCAAUGGCUUAAUGAUACAGAAGCUGAUAAUGUUCUGAGAUCAAUAUGCAACGAGUUUUUUUAUCGUUAUAGAUUGAGAGAAACCAAUGGAGAAAGAUAUAUUGGAGAAAACUUACCAGGUGCUACUCUAAUUGAAUUAUCUGACAACAAACUUUGGGAGUUUGAAUUAAAAAACAAGUGUAUUGAAUUAAUUCAAAACAUUGGUACAACAAACGUUUAUAAAUACUGGUUAAAGUGGUUUCUCAAAUCACAAAACACAAGUUUAGCUACAAUUUUUUGUCGAAGUAAUGGGGGAAUUUUUAGUGACUGUAGAAAUUUUGAAGAAAGUCAAGAUAAAAAGUAUUUUUCACAAAAUGAAGAUUCAUCUCAGAGAAAGAUGAUAUUUUAAAAAUUUUAGUUAACUACUCUUUUUUUAUAUUGAACAUAGUUCUCA